AUGGCUCCGAUUGUACUCGAUCACACCGUCGACCAGCUGAACCUGCACAGAGCUGCCAAGGCAGAGUCAAGCACCCAAGAAACGGGCAAAAGCAUUCGUCUCGCUGCGAGGUCCGGCGUUUACGAUAAGCCGACUUCUGGCGCAGCGCCCACCUAUGUUCAGGCAAAUCUGAUAGCCUUGCCAUCGAGGUUUGCGGCCGAUUUUAGACUGUUAUGUCAAAGGAACCCGGUUCCAUGUCCCCUGCUGGCAGAAUCGCUGAGGGCAGGGAUGUGGGAUGAGCUCAAAUCCUGGGUACCCGGCUUGAACGGAAAUCACAUCGCAGAAGAUCUCGAUCUUCGCUAUGACUUUCCCAAGUACAUGUUGUAUCAAGACGGGGAGCUGGUCAAGUCUCAUUGUGGCGACGUUGGCGCGGUGUGGACCGAAGACCACGUUGGCUUUUUGAUCGGCUGUUCUUUCAGUUUUGAAGCCGCACUUGCCACCGAAGGGCUGGCUCCUCCCCAUAUGGCACAUGGUAGGAACGUACCAAUGUACCGAACGACCCUUCCUCUGUGCCCCGCCGGUGUGUUCAGUCAAUCCACAUAUGUGGUGUCAAUGAGACCGUACCAAAGAAAGGACGUCCAGAAGGUGAGGGAUGUCACACGCACAUAUGUCGCGACUCAUGGUGAACCAAUUGACUGGGGAUGGGAUGCCGCAACUCGCCUCGGGAUCAGGGACAUCAGUAAGCCAGACUUUGGAGAUAGCCCAAUAUUGCCUGAUGGCUCCCCCCUCGUUCGAGGCGUUGGUGCUGAGUCCGAGGAAUUUGUCCCUGUCUUCUGGGGAUGUGGUGUGACGCCACAAGAAGCAGUACGACAAGCUGCCCUGGAUGGACCUGUCAUAGGCCAUGCUCCGGGACACAUGAUUGUGCUGGACAUCAGGGACUGGGACAUUGUCCCAAAUACAUAA